CUAUUCAUAGUCUAAAGCUGAGUCGCAACCAUGUGGACUGGCACAGUGUGGACGAAGUGUAUCUGUACAGUGAUGCAACAACAUCUAAAAUUGCCAGAACUGUUACACAAAAGCUGGGGUUUUCCAAAGCUUCAAGUAGUGGGACAAGGCUACAUAGAGGCUAUGUAGAAGAAGCAACGUUAGAAGACAAGCCACCACAAACUAGUCACAUUGUGUUUGUUGUGCAUGGUAUUGGGCAGAAAAUGGACCAAGGAAGGAUCAUCAAAAAUACAGCUAUGAUGAGAGAUACUGCAAGAAAAAUAGAAGAAAAAUAUUUUUCCAAUCUUGCAACGCAUGUUGAAUUUCUCCCAGUUGAAUGGAGGUCAAAACUUACCCUUGAUGGAGACACUGUGGACUCCAUUACCCCAGAUAAAGUACGAGGUUUGAGGGACAUGCUGAACAGCAGUGCCAUGGAUAUCAUGUAUUAUACAAGUCCUCUUUACAGAGAUGAACUGGUGAAGGGGCUGCAGCAGGAGCUGAACAGGCUCUACACGCUCUUCUGCUCCCGGAAUCCAGAGUUUGAGGAGAAAGGAGGGAAAGUCUCCAUUGUGUCCCACUCCCUGGGCUGUGUCAUCACCUACGACAUCAUGACUGGCUGGAAUCCUGUCAGGCUCUACGAGCAGUUGCUGCAGAAGGAAGAAGAGGAGCUUGAAGACCGUUGGAUGAGCUAUGAGGAGCAACGUUUACUUGAAGAACUUUAUAUAACUAAACAACGGUUGAGAGAGAUAGAAGAGAGGUUACAUGGCUUAAAGGCAUCCACCAUAUCAAAACCACCUGUCUUAAAAUUUAAGGUUGAGAAUUUCUUCUGUAUGGGAUCUCCAUUAGCAGUGUUUUUGGCAUUGCGUGGCAUCCGUCCAGGAAACAGUGGAAGUCAAGACCAUAUUCUGCCCAGAACAAUCUGUAACCGCUUGCUAAAUAUUUUUCAUCCAACAGAUCCAGUGGCCUAUAGACUAGAACCUUUAAUCCUGAAACACUACAGCAACAUUUCGCCUGUCCAGAUCCACUGGUACAACACUGCAAACCCUCUACCUUACGAGCAUAUGAAGCCAAGCUUUCUCAACCCAACAAAAGAACCUACCUCAGUUACAGACAGUGAAAGUGCUUCAACUGUACCAAGCCCAACCACUUCACCAGUCAUGGUCCGACGCCACUACGGGGAGUCUAUAACAAAUAUAGGCAAAGCAAGUAUAUUAGGAGCUGCGAGCAUCGGGAAGGGCCUGGGUGGGAUGUUGUUCUCCAGAUUUGGUCGAUCCAGUACAACCACCCCACAGACACUGGAGACAGGAAAGGACGGAGCCGAGGGGGAUGACAAGAAGGCCUCAACUGCUGGGACACCUCCUUUGUCACACAGCAGCUCGGGCUUCCUCGAACCCACAGUGGAACUGGAGCACAGGAUUGAUUUUGAGCUCAGGGAAGGUCUCGUGGAGAGCAGAUACUGGUCCGCAGUCACUUCACACACUGCCUACUGGUCAUCUCUGGAUAUUGCUCUUUUCCUGCUAACCUUCAUGUACAAACACGACCAAGAAGAUCCUGACAAAUCCAAUUUAGACACAAUUUGA